AAUCAUCUGUCUCUCUAUUGUAGGCGGGACGAUGAAUGAGGAAAUCUACCCCAGCGGAGAAGGCGUGAUGUCCUUGCUUGCUCUAUUUCGGGAUAACUUGGAUUAAAAACUCUUUAUUCAAUAGAGAUUUGACUUCGAAAGACGGCCCAUUAUGCCUCUUCAUAAAUACCCCCCCAAAAUCUGGGAUGCCCUGAAGAUGAAGGAGGGCAUCUACAGUCGUCUCCCUAAACACUACCUCAAGUCCCUGGAGAAGAAAGAACCCAGCCCUGUCCACUGGAGACCUCUGGGAGUCCAGUACAGAAUCAGCCCAAAGACAGGGCAGAAGGAGCGGGUGCAGGAUGUACCGAUCCCCAUCCACUACCCUCCACACUCGCAGAAUGGCCUGUGGGGAGGUGAGGGUUGGAUAUCAGGCUACAGAUAUGCCAACAAUGACAAGCUGUCAACUCGUCUGAAGAAGGUCUGGAAGCCACAGUUGUUAAAGCGAGAGUUGUACAGCGAGAUCCUUGACCACAAGUUCACCAUCACAGUCACAGCGCUCACUCUGGACCUCAUUGACGCAGCCUUCGGAUUCGACUUUUAUAUUCUUAAAACAUCGAAGGAAGACCUGAACUCCAAGCUGGGGAUGGACCUGAAAAGAGCCAUGUUGCUUCGUCUGGCACGUAAAGACACAGAGCUUUACCCUGAGGACCCUGUCAAGCGACAAAAGAUCUACAACAAAUACAAGCAGUUUGAGAUCCCAGAGGAGGAGGCAGAGUGGAUGGGUCUGAGUCUGGAGGAGGGCGUAGAAAAACAGAGGCAGCUGGAGCACAAGGAGCCUGAACCUCUGUUUAAGGUCUUUGUGGAUGAGCUGGUGAAUCAGCUGUAUGUCCAAAAACUCACGGAGCCACACCUUAUUGAGAAGAAGUGACCGACUGAACCAUCUGAGCAGGACCAGAGCCAACUUUUCUAUCUGAAAAAUUAAGUAAGCUGAACUCUCAGGCUUCUCACCAUUUUCAGUACUGACUGUACAGCUGGGAGAAUUCACUUCAGUUUAAAUUUGCUUUUUCACCUGGGAAUGACACAAAGGUGGAAGAGACACAAAUGACAAGGUUGUGUUGGAGUAAUGCUUAUUUAUUUCCCCUUGCAUUUAAGAUCCAUUCAUAAGACAUUUUAGGAAUUAAGGGAGAAGUUUCCAUCAGCGUAAAUACUCCCUGAACAUCGGAGAUAUAGAGGCCUUGUACAUAAUAUCUACAAAAUAAAAGAUUACCUUUUUUCUAAA